AAAUGUGUGAAUGUGUGAGUGAAAUUGUUUCUUUUUUUAAAUUUGAAAUAUUUUCUCCAUAAUUACUAAAAUAACAUAAAUAUCUCAUAGCUUACGUAAGAAAUCAUACCGGAAACCAUAAUUAACAUGGCUCCAGUACCAACAAUUCAAAAUGGGAAUCAAAAUGAACGUUCAAUACGUCCUCAAGAUCGAAAAUCUGAUAUUAUAUGCCGCGUCAAAUACAGCAACACGCUUCCCGAUAUCCCAUUCGAUCUCAAGUUUCUUACUUAUCCUUUUGAAAGCGAUCGAUUUAUUCAAUAUAAUCCAACAUCACUUGAAAGAAAUUACAAGUUUGAGGUUCUCACUGAACAUGAUCUUGGCGUCUCAAUUGAUUUAAUCAAUCGAGAUAUUUAUCAACCUGAGAGAAAUGCAGUUCUCGAUCCAGCAGACGAGAAACUUUUAGAAGAAGAUUCACAUGCACCGCAAGACACAACGCGAUCGAAGCAACAUGCAAAGAGUGUGUCGUGGUUGCGUCGUUCAGAAUAUAUCUCAACAGAACAGACACGCUUUCAACCUCAGAAUAUGGAGAAAGCUGAAGCCAAAGUCGGUUAUAAUGUUAAAAAUAGUUUGCGUGAAGAAACUUUGUACAUGGAUCGUGAACAACAAAUAAAUUCCAUCAACAAGACUUUCGAAGACAGUAAAAUUGCUGUCAGCACUCACUACUGUAAACCUAAUGUUGUGCCUGUCGAAGUAUAUCCCGUUUAUCCAGAUUUCAAAAAUUGGAAAUAUCCUUGCGCUCAAGUCAUAUUCGAUGCUGAUCCUUCAGUCGGUGGGAAGAGCUUACCGAAUCAAAUGGAAGAAAUGAGUCAAGCAAUGAUUCGAGGUGUGAUGGAUGAAUCUGGCGAGCAGUUCGUUGCCUACUUUCUUCCAACAGAAGAAACAUUGGAGAAAAGACGAAUUGACUUUUCAAUGGAAAGAGCUUACGAGGAUGACACUGAAUACGAGUACAAAAUGGCACGUGAAUACAAUUGGAAUGUUAAGAGUAAGCUUUCGAAAGGUUACGAAGAAAAUUACUUUCUUGUCAUUCGUGACGAUGGUGUUUACUAUAAUGAACUUGAAACUCGUGUUCGUUUGAGUAAAAGACGACAAAAAUUGGGUAAUCAAGCGAAUAACACGAAACUUGUCGUUAAGCAUCGACCUUUGAAUGCUCCUGAACACAAAAUGCAAGUGAUGCGUGAGAAGCAACUUGAACCCCAAGGUGAUGAAGAGGAAGAAAUGGAAGAAAGUGAAGCUGAAGAAGAACCUCCGAAAGAUCAGGACACUGAGAUGACUGUAGAAGGUCGUCGGUCGAGAUCACAUUCCGGAUCAAGAAGUUCAAGAUCUCGUUCUAAAAGUAGAAGUCGUUCUGGCAGUGGAUCAGCACGCAAUUCAAGAUCAAGAAGUCGUUCAGGUUCGCACAGUUCUGGAUCGAGAAGUUCAAAGUCUCGAAGUCGAUCGAGAAGUCGAAGUGGUUCUCAGGGAUCACGACGUUCAGGUAGCAACAGAAGUGGAUCAGCUGGUUCACAACAUUCGGGAAGUCGUCGAUCAAGUUCAAGAAGCCGAAGUCGCAGUGGCUCACCAGCUUCGCGAAGCUCUCAAGGCAGCAAACAUUCUCGCCGUUCUGACAAUUCUCGACGUUCUGGUUCUGCUAAAAGUGGAUCAUCAAGAUCACGAAGUGGAAGUGAAUCAAAUCAUUCAGGUUCAAAUUAAAAACAAGAUAAAUAUAAUCAUUUCAUCAAAACAAUAAUAAAAAUUCAACAACUUUAAUUAAAAA